CAUGCACGUACCACAGGAUUUCGCCACUUCCGAAAGCAGUUUCUUUGAGGAUUCUUCUACCCGAUCCGGUAACCAAAGGCGGCCAGGUGGGAAGAUACCUUGCACAUGCCCAGAAAGGUUCUCGGAGCACUGCUAUCCAUUUUGUCGGGUUCAUUCAGUGCCAGUACCUUUGAGCUUUCAGCCUGAACUUUUGACCGCCAAGUUGUGUGUGUGUUCCCUGGCUUGGUGUUCUGCUCCUCCGAGCGAGCGCAAAGGAGCGACCUCGGUCAUCGGGCCGUCGGUUUCGCCAUGGCCAGCGUCAGCUUGUGCAGUGGCACGGAGGUGCUAACGAUCUCCGACUUCGCAGUCUGGUGGCAGGAGACCUCGGAGCAGCGAGAGCUGGGGGCCUGUUUUGUGGACGCCUUGAGGCAGGCUGUUGCCCAGCGCAUGCAGCUUGCCCACUUUCGCAGGCUUAGCCUGGUAAGCGCUGAUCGGGUCUUCUCCCGCGACAGCCCAUGGAGCGACGUUGAGCCCGUGGUGGCGGUUCUGAAGCCGUUUCGGGCGGCCAGCGCAGAAGAUGCUGUGAGGCUCUUCCAGGCGGUUCAUUUGGGCGACCUGGCGGAGCUUUGCGGACUGCUGGAUGAGCCUUACGAUCCGAACCUCUCACAGCGACGGGAAACACUUCUGCAAGUGGCGGCCACACAUGGGCAUGUGCAAGUGGUGCGAAGCUUGCUGGAGGCUGGAGGACGCAUAAAUAAGGCUGACGAUGACGGAGUGACGCCCUUGCAUCUUGCCGCUCAGCACGGUCGUGCAGAAGUUGUGCACUGCUUGCUGCAAAAUGGUGCUGACAUGAACAAGGCCAGGACUUCAAAUGGAGACACGCCUUUGCAUGUGGCAGCUCGGAAUCGCCGCGCGGAGGUGGUGAACUGCUUGUUGGAGGCCGGUGCUGACAAGGACAAGGGCGACAAUGAUGGUGCAACACCUUUGUAUCUUUGUGCUCAGCAUGGUCGUGCAGAAAUUGCAGGCCACUUGAUUGAUGCUGGCGCCGACAAGGACAGGGGCAUGGGUAGACAUGGAAUCACGCCCUUGCAGAUUGCUUCUCGAAAUGGGCACCUGGAAAUUGUGCAAGGGUUGUUGGAGGCGGGUGCGGACAAGGACAAGCCCAGCAAUGACGGCUUCACGCCACUGCACAUAUCCUCUCAGUAUGGUCGUGUAGACAUUGUAGAGUGCUUGCUCAAGGCUGGCGCCGACAGAGACAAGGCGAAGAGUGACAACGGUGUCGCACCUUUGCAUACUGCCGCUUUGCACGGCCAUUCGGAGAUCGUCCACUUGUUGCUGGCGGCGGGUGCUGACAAGGACAAGGCCAACACUGAUGGAUUCACAGCUUUGCAUGUCGCCGCUCAAUCCGCCCAGCUGCAAGUCCUAUGUGAAUUGCUGGAGGCUGGCGCUGACAUGGACAAGGCCUCCAAUGUUGGUGUUACACCGCUGCAUGUUGCUGCUCUAAGCGGGCAUCUGCAAGUUGUGCGCAGCUUGCUGAAGGCUGGUGCGGACAAGGACAGAGGCAACAAUGAUGGUUUGACGCCUUUGCAUUUGGCUGCUGGAUAUGAUCAUGCCGACGUUGCACGCUGCCUGCUGGAGGCUGGUGCAAAUAAGGACAAGGAUUGCAAUGCCGGGGUUACACCUUUGGACCUUGCUGCGUACCGCGGGCAUGUGGAAAUCAUGACCUCUCGGCCAAGUCGGCCAAGCACCGGAAAGCGAUCGAUCGGCUGGCAGCAUGCCCUGGCGAGCUGUUCAGAGAAUGGCUUUGUGGAGGUGGUGCUCACUGAAACGACCGAUCGACGGUUUUCGGGCGGGUGGAAAAGGCGCCAUGCGGCUGUGGAAGCGGAAGCCAAAGCCUACCGGGAGCGGCGCCAAAGAAGGGCGACGCGGCGCUCGGACGAAGGUGUGCCGACCCUGCUGCUGUGCUCCAAGGACCAAGCAGAGGCCUUGCAAUUUACCGCCAGCGGAGACUCUGAGGAGGUCCAGGUGGCGUUUGAGACUUUCCACCGAGCUGUGCGGCAGGCCGCAAAUGCGGGGCAGGCGCAGCUGCUGGUCGACCUCGCCAACUUUGAGCCGAAGAAGGAGAUGGCGACCUUUCUGGCGGACAUCGCGGUGAAGCGCAAAAUUUGGCGGUCGCGCGCCGCUUGGGUGCUCGCGAAGCUGUCGGAGAUGCCCUCCUGGAAAGCCGCCGUGGAGGCGUCGGAGGCCCUAGACCUCAUCGACGCGCUGUCCCCGAAAGCGGCCGCCGCGUCGCCGGCGAGCUCGCGGAACUCCCUGAACUCGCCGCAGCAUUCGGAGCCGGAGCCGGAGUACAGCGACAAGAGCCUGGCCCAGGAUGGAUCGAAAUCAUCUUGCCUUUCGCCCAAGGCGCUCCCGUGGCAAGAGAAAGUGAGGCGCGACUCCCCGUGGUACCUCCACAUGUUUUUCAAGGUCAUUGGGGUCGAGUGCACUCUGAGGUUUUGCAAGUGCCUGGUGCCUCGCCACAUCCAAAGCAUUGCAUGCAUUGCAUCCGAUGUGGGCACUCUCCCGGACCAGCUCAUGCGCUGA